AUGAGCGUUGCGGCGCCGGGCCCUGCAGGUGCUAUCGCCCUCCCGCUCCGAUUAAUUCGUCCCAUAUCUCAAUGUCCGAGGCAUUACGAUCGAUAUCAGCAUUCCCAGUCUCGACAUGUAUCAAGUUCAGCACGCUCGCGCCCAAGCACGAGGAGGCGUUUGAGCGCACAGCCAUGCAUUAUUCAAUCCCGUCACUUUUCGGCAACUAGCUCCGCUCAGGCGACGAAAGAUCCUUACAAGACCUUGGGAGUCAACGCUGGUGCGUCAGCAUCCGAGAUCAAGAAGGCAUACUACGCGCUGGCCAAAAAGUACCACCCAGAUACAAACAAAGAUGCAGGCGCCAAGGAGAAGUUCACCGACGCGCAGUCGGCCUACGAGCUUCUGAACGACCCGCAGAAGAAGGCCGCAUGGGACAAUUACGGAGCAGCGGCUUUUGACCAAGGGGGAGGAUUUGAUCCCCGAGCGGGCGCUUCGGGAGGUAACCCAUUCGCGGGCGCCGGCGGUUUCGGUGGUGGAGGUGGAAAUCCAUUCAGCGGUUUUGGCGGAGGCUUUGGCGCAGAAAUCAACUUUGAAGACCUUUUCGGCGCAUUCACGGGACAAAGAGGAGGACGGCGCGGGCAAGCUGCUCAAGAGAUCCUGGUGGGCGAGAACAUCGAGGUCCAAACCAACAUUUCGUUCAUGGAUGCGGCCAAGGGCGUUACGAGGAACAUUACCAUCACUCCACUCGUACAGUGCGGCACUUGCGCAGGAGACGGGUUGAAGAAGGGCACGACUAGGUCGACAUGCAAACGCUGUGGAGGUACGGGAACGCGCGUCCAUGUCAUGCAACAGGGCUUCCACAUGUCCAGCACCUGUGAAGCCUGCAGUGGCUCAGGUGUCAGCAUCCCACGGGGCUCGGAAUGUGGCAACUGUUCCGGCAACGGCGUCGUACGGCAGCGGAAAACUGUCGAAGUCGACAUUCCAGGCGGAGUCGACGAUGGCAUGCGCCUACGGGUAUCUGGUGAAGGCGAUGCACCACCCACAGGACUUUCGCCAAAUCCGAAGGUUCGAUCGCAGCGUGGCGACCUUUACGUUCACAUCCGCGUUGCUCCUGACUCUCGAUUCAACCGCAGCGGCGCCGAUAUUCUCUAUACCGCAUCGAUACCACUGCCGACCGCACUGCUGGGAGGAGAAGUGCGGGUGCCUACCCUAGAUGGCGAGGUCAAGGUAAAGGUGGCAACAGGUACAGGCACUGGUGACAAGAUCACUCUUGGAGGCAAGGGCAUGAGAAGGUUAGGCGGUGGCCGGGAUAGCGGUUCGGGAGACUUGCGGGUGGAGUUCAAAGUACAAAUGCCCAAGUACCUCAGCGCCAACCAGCGCGUAAUAUUGGAAAUGCUGGCCGACGAGAUGGGCGACAAGACGGCGAAGCGGAUAAUGGGUGUGGACCAAUGGAAGCAAGACUCGCAGCCAAAAGCCGGAGAAUCUUCGAAGACGGCCUCAGACCACAAGAACGAAGGCUUCCUCAAAUCGGCCUGGCACAGGUUGACCCAUCAACACGACAAUUUGGAACCCGACGAGCCCAAGACCAAGGAAAAGGAGCCGAAGGACGAGGCCAAGGACAACAGCAAGGAUGACGAGGAGCCAAAGAAGGCGUCAGGUUCUGGAUGA